AUGCGUCAACGAGCUAUUUCAACAAUGCAACCUACGUCUUGUGUAAGUAACGAAUGUGUUAACGGGUUAUCAGAUGCGGCAAAGGGUGUUUUACAAUCUUCCAAAGCUCUAAAACGACAAGUACGGUGUAUAAGAAAUAAUGAAAUAGCAGCUCCAUGUGAUCCAUCAGAUUUACUAUCUUUACAGAUACCCGAUGAGUAUCAAAAUUAUUCACCAUCAAUCGGAGUUAAUGAAAAUUUUUUAUUGGCUGAUAGUGGGCCUAGCAAUGAAAGAAUAUUAAUAUUUGGUCGACCACUUGGACUCAAGUUAUUGAAAGAUUCGAAAAUAUGGUACAUGGAUGGAACUUUCAAAGUGGCACCUACUCUAGUUUAUGUUAUUUUAGCUGAAUUUUUAGGGGGAGUGCAUCCUGCAGUUUAUGCAUUGCUACCUAACAAAAAGGAACAAACAUAUGUAAAAUUAUUUAGUAUGAUUAAUCAAUUACAACCUGAUCUCCAUCCAACAUCAGUUUCUUGUGAUUUUGAACUUGGAGCCAUAACAGCAAUUAAAAAUUCAUUUGUAAAUAUAAAUAUUUUUGGAUGUUAUUUUCAUUUAAGCGAACAUUUUUUGAAAAAAGUUGGGGAGUUACAUUUACUGUCAAAAUAUAAUAAUGAAGCAAAUUUUUGUGUUGCAACCAAAACAAUUAUUGCACUGGCGUUUAUACCACUGUGUGAUUUAGAUAUGGCUGCAGAUGAGUUGGCAGACGAACUUCCAGAUGAGCUUAUGCCAUUAUUUGAGUGGUUUGAAGAAUUUUAUAUUGGGAAGAAAAAUCGACGUAUAGGACGAAGAAAACCACGAUAUUCUCCUGAAAUUUGGAAUCUUCACCAACGAAUAUUGAAUGAUACAGAUCGGACAAAUAAUCAUGCAGAGGCGGCGAACCAACGAUUAAAUAUUCAAAUGGGUACUCAUCCAACGAUAUGGACCUUCAUUGCGAAUCUCAAAAAAAUUCAAGCCGGGCGUGACACGUAUUAUGAAAAUCUUGUGUCGGGAAAUAGUUCUCCAAGGAAGUUGAAAAAAUUUCAAGACACAGAUAAAAGAAUAAAAAGGUUAGUAAAUAAUUAUGAUAGGCAAAAUAAAAUGAUAUUUUUAAGAGGUAUAGCAAAUAAUAUUAUAAUAGCAGCUUUAGGGAAGAAAGGAUACACCGGAACGCCACAGCCAGAACCGUCAAUAUCUAAUUACAUUGGAUUAAAAGAAGCUCUUAACUUAUUGCCAAAAUCAUGCGAUGGAAGGGACAUCGAACAAUUAGAUAUUUUCCUAGAAAAUUGUGAAUUUGCAGUAUCAUGCGUACAAGAGCCUUCCAAGAAUCGUCUACUACAGGCGAUAAUGACAAGACUAACUGGUAAAGCUCGUCAAGUAUCUAGGAACCGAACAUUUUAUGCGUGGGAAGCAUUACGAAAAUUUCUGAAGGCUAACCUAGAACCUCAACAAGAAGGAUGA